UCCUCGCAGCCUCCAACUCCUCCUCCUCCAAAUGACCCUAGUGUCAAUACAGGAUGACGGGUCAAACGGGAAGCUCCCGAGAGCGCGCGGGCGCGGGAGAGCUCAGUUAAAGGACCCACGGAGGGGAGGAUGCUCAGACCUCACGUCUCUGCGGGCCGCGCGCCGGGCUCCCUCUUCCUCCCGGUGCGACGGGGCGGCUGAGACCCACCGCGCGGGUGUCAGGAACAGGGAAGGACGGAGGCUGUCUUUGGAGGUCUUGACAACGGAGGCUCCACGAAGAGCCCUCUCCUCUCCCGUCCCCAUCGCACGUCUGGCCCCCAACCCCCACCCUGGCAAAAACGCCCCCCCCCCCAGGACCCUGCUAUUGAGUCUCCGGAUUCUGGUCCCACAGGAGGAGGAGUUCGGGCUUGACGCUCCCAAGGACUUGGGGCCGCUGCAGUUCGUCAAGCUGCGCAAACACCACUCCCUGGUGGACGACGCGUGGUUCUGCGACCGCAUCACGGUGCAGGGCCCUGGAGCCGGCGAGGAGGUCGCCUUCCCCUGCUACCGCUGGGUGCAGGGGGACGGCGUACUGUGCCUGCCCGAGGGCACCGCCCGCCUGGCAGGAGACAAUGCACUGGACGUGUUCCAGAAGCAUCGAGAAAAGGAACUGAAAGAAAGACGUCAGAUAUACUGCUGGGCCACCUGGAAGGAAGGGUUACCCCAGACAAUAGCUGCAGGCUGUGAGGAUGACCUACCUCCAAACGUGAGAUUCCAUGAGGAGAAGAGGAGAGACUUUGAGUGGACACUGAAGGCAGGGGCUCUGGAGAUGGUCCUCAAGCGUGUCUACACCCUCCUGAGCUCCUGGAACCACCUGGAGGAUUUUGAUAACAUCUUCUGGGGCCAGAAGAGCACCCUGGCUGAGCAGGUUCGCCAGCACUGGCAGGAGGAUGAACUCUUUGGCUACCAGUUCCUCAAUGGCGCCAACCCUAUGCUGUUGAGACGCUGCACCUCUCUGCCCUCCCGGCUCGUGCUGUCCUCGGGGAUGGAGGCGCUACGGGCCCAGCUGGAAAAAGAACUCGAGAAUGGCUCCCUGUUCAAGGCCGAUUUCACCCUCCUGGAUGGAAUUCCGGCCAACGUGAUCCGCGGAGAGCAGCAGUACCUGGCUGCCCCCCUCGUCCUGCUGAAGAUGGAGCCCAGCGGGAAGCUGCUACCCAUGGUUAUCCAGAUCCAGCCUCCCAGCCACAGCUGUCCCACGCCACCCCUGUUCCUGCCCUCCGAUCCUCCCCUUGCCUGGCUCCUGGCCAAGUGCUGGGUCCGAAAUUCCGAUUUCCAGCUGCACCAGCUCCAGUAUCAUCUGCUGAACACCCACCUGCUGGCUGAGGUCAUUGCCGUGGCCACCAUGAGGUGUCUCCCAGGGCUGCACCCUGUCUUCAAGCUCCUGAUCCCACACAUCCGCUACACUAUGGAAAUCAACACGCGGGCCCGGACCCAGCUCAUCUCGGACGGAGGUAUAUUCGAUAAGGCAGUGGGCACCGGUGGAGGGGGCCACGUGCACUUGCUCCGCCGGGCGAUGGCUCAGCUGACCUACCGCUCCCUCUGUCCCCCUCACGAUCUGGCUGACCGCGGCCUGCUGGGAACCCCAGGGGCUCACUAUGCCCACGAUGCUUUGCAGCUCUGGGAGAUCACUGCUCGGUACGUGGAGGGGAUUGUCCAGCUCUUCUACCACGGGGACGAUGUCGUCAAAGAGGACCCUGAGCUGCAGGCCUGGUGUCGGGAGAUCACUGAGGUGGGGCUGUGCCAGGCCCAGGACCGAGGUUUCCCUGUGUCCCUCCAGUCCCAGAACCAACUCUGCCAUUUCCUUACCAUGUGCGUCUUCACGUGCACCGCUCAGCACGGGGCCAUCAACCAGGGCCAGCUGGACUGGUACGCCUGGGUCCCUAAUGCCCCCUGCACGAUGCGGAUGCCCCCACCCACCACCAAGGAAGACGUGACAAUGGCCACAGUGAUGGGCUCGCUACCUGAUGUCCGACAGGCCUGUCUUCAAAUGGCCAUCACAUGGCAUCUGGGUCGCCGCCAGCCAGACAUGGUGCCUCUGGGGCAUCACAAAGAAAUGUAUUUCUCAAGCCCCAAGGCCAAGGCUGUACUAAACCAAUUCCAAAGAGAUUUGGAAAACUUGGAAAAGGCUAUUACAGCCCGCAAUGAGCAACUUAACCUGCCCUAUGAAUACCUGAGGCCCAGCCUCAUAGAGAACAGCGUUACCAUCUGAGCUCGAAGGCACCUCCAGCAGGAAGAUUGCAGAUCAGCUCUGGGACCGACACUUGCACCUUGAGUUUCAAGGUUUCUUACAACUCUGCUGCUGCAGCUCCAUUUCCUCCCCCAAUGAAACACCCUAUAUCUGUAUCCCACGAGCUCAGGAGGCAGGUGGCAAAGCUUUUCUGUAAAGGUCCUGAUAAUAUUAUAGGCUUUGCAGGCCACACAGUCAGUGUUGAAACCACUCAGCUCUCCUGUUGUAGCACAAAAGCAGCCACCGGCAAGAUGUAAAUGAAUGUGACCCAUGUUCCAAUAAAACUUUAUUUAUGGACAGUGAAAUAGGAA